UCAUGACUUAUCUGGCUCGCUUUGAACUGAAGUGUCUAUCAUCUUGCACAACGAACACCACGAGCUUUAUAAAGCCUUAAACCCUUCCAACCGAUAAACCUCUCCUCAUUAACGGUCAUCAUCCAUGGCAUCCCUCUCACCACUCUUUCUUCCUCACCAUCUCAAAAUCUCUGCCCCCAAAUUUCCAAAAAUUUACACAAAACCCACUCUCGUACUCUGCAAAGCCUCAGUCUCAGAGACACAUUCCUCAGAGUCCGUAUCCGGACCCGACGGAACCGGGGCUGCCGCCCCGACCCGAGGCCAGAAAUUCCUUGAGCACCAGUUGUCCCUUGAAGCCAUGACCGAAAAGAAAACUGAGACCAAGAAGAAGAAGAAGAUGAUGAAGAAAGAGAAGGUCUUGAAGGUUUCAAUGGCGGUGGCUACUUGUUACGGGUGUGGGGCUCCGUUGCAGACUGCGGAUUCGGAUUCUCCGGGUUACGUGGACCCGGAGACCUAUGAAUUGAAGAAGAAGCACCACCAGCUUAGAACUAUUCUAUGUGGACGGUGUCGGCUAUUGUCUCAUGGGCAUAUGAUAACUGCAGUUGGUGGAAAUGGAGGUUAUUCUGGUGGGAAGCAGUUUGUGACAGCUGAGCAGCUUAGGGAGAAGCUGUCUCACUUACGCUAUGAGAAGGCCUUGAUUGUUAAACUGGUUGAUAUUGUUGACUUCAAUGGCAGCUUUUUGGCUCGAGUGCGUGAUCUGGCUGGUGCGAAUCCAAUAAUAUUAGUUGUAACAAAGGUUGAUCUCCUACCAAAAGGGACUGAUUUUAAUUGUGUUGGUGAUUGGGUAGUAGAGGCCACUACAAAGAAGAAGCUUAAUGUUCUAAGUGUCCAUCUGACAAGUUCAAAGUCUUUAGUUGGAAUAGUGGGAGUCGCAUCAGAAAUUCAAAAGGAAAAAAAGGGGCGGGAUGUUUACAUUCUGGGCUCAGCUAAUGUUGGGAAAUCUGCAUUCAUCAAUGCUUUACUCAAAAUGAUAGGACAAAAGGAUCCAGUUGCUGCAGCAGCGCAGAAGUACAAACCCAUACAAUCUGCUGUUCCUGGAACCACCUUAGGUCCAAUUCAAAUUAAUGCUUUCCUAGGAGGAGGGAAAUUAUUUGACACACCUGGAGUACAUCUCCACCAUAGGCAAGCUGCAGUGGUUCAUUCAGAAGAUCUACCUGUCCUUGCUCCCCAAAGCCGGCUUAGGGGUCACUCUUUUCCUAAUUCUCGGGUAGCCUCUGAUAAUGGGACAGCAAGCGAAGUUCAAUCCAGUGACUUAAAUGGGUUUUCAAUAUUCUGGGGAGGCCUUGUGAGAAUUGAUAUUUUGAAGGUUCUCCCAGAAACAUGCUUGACAUUCUAUGGGCCAAAGGCUUUGCGGAUUCAUAUGGUACCCACAGAUGAAGCAGAUGAAUUUUACCAGAAAGAACUUGGGGUUCUGUUAACGCCUCCAACUGGAAAAGAAAGAGCAGAUGACUGGAGAGGAUUGGAAACUGAGCGUCAGUUGCGUAUUCCAUAUGAAGAUGUGGAAAGGCCUGCAUGUGAUGUGGCUAUAUCUGGUCUAGGAUGGAUUUCUAUUGAACCAGUCAGCAGAUCAAUUAGACAAUCUGAUUCAGAUUCAGAUUUAAAUUUAAAGGACAAAGCUGGAGAACUGCAUUUAACUGUCCAUGUUCCCAAGCCGGUAGAGGUUUUUGUUAGGCCUCCACUACCUGUAGGCAUGGUGGGAGCAGAAUGGUACCAAUAUAGGGAGUUGACAGAUAAGGAAGAAGAAGUGAGACCAAAGUGGUUCUUUUGAUGCUUGUGAUUUAAUGAGGUAUUUGUAUGUAAUCAAUUUGCAUACUGUUAAAGGAUGUUGUAAGUGUUUUUCUCAAUAUAUAAUGUGGGUUUGAAAGGUUGUUCCAA